CUCCUUCAUACUUCUCUUCCUCCAGUGCUCCAAGUAGUACGCUGCUGUGCAAGAUGCGUACCCGACCAAAACGACACGACAGCCAGCGGUCAGCCUUGUCCACCACCGCAAAGACCACCACCAUCAACAACACCCCAACCAUCAAUCGAGCCGUUCAUCGUCAUCGACAAUCGAAUGGAUGGCCCACAGCCCCACAGCCUGCAUACAUAGUACAAACACACCCAUCCAUGGAUAGUUACUAAUAUUUACCUUGUCCCAGUCUCAGUCCCCGUAUCUGCGCCCAGAAUUAGACCAUGCAUUCCGAAAGCCUAUUAGAUUCGUUUAGACAUAGUAGGCCCCCAACAGCACAUUUUUUGUCCCUCAGCUGCCUGCGUCACCACCGUAUAGAGGAAAAACCGCUUCCAGGUGUUUCAGACUGCCCGCCAGCCCAAGCAAUAAUACGACCGAGGGCCAGAGGUGGUCAACAAAACCCCGAUAUUAAUCGGUAUUCGGCGAUUGAGUCACCGGCGCUGCCUGGUUAUGAGAUAGUUUAUUGGUUCCUCCUGUUACGAGAUAUAUCAUUAGAACCUAUUGUUUCUGCACCUUUGUUCCGACAUGAGUGCUGUAUGGUGCCAAUAAUCUUUCUUUUACUAAUAAUACCCAAACGGUACGUUGGUAUGUAUGUAAAGCGAGGAUCUCAGUGGUUAGGAGCGACCUCCAUGGGGCCGGAGGGCGGAGAAGCAGCACCAGGUAGCAUCCAUGUUUCGUUCUGCUCAACCCGUCAGGGUAUUUGUCGAUCCUCCUGUGGCGAGUGUUCCGAGAAGUUGUCUGACCAUGAUCCCUGACACUCUAUAUCACGUGAUAUAUCUGCACUUUCCGAGGAACCAUGGGGAAAAUUUUGUAUUUGCAUAUUACCUACUUCGGGAACAAACGCUACUAUCGCCAUUAGCGUCAACCUCUGUGACUGCAAUACUACCAUUAUCACUGUUUAGACCAGUGCUGACCCUGACCGUAUCUGCUGAAUCACCACCACCUAAUAGGAC